AUGUCUGCACCACAAACCACCAAGGGCUGGACGGUGGAGGGCGCCGUUAAGCCGAGUGUCGUUCCUGGCUCUGACGGAGCUGGGGAGGUCGUGGCAGUCGGUUCCAAGGGUACUCGUUUCGAGAAGGGUGCCAAGGUUGUCACACUGUUCAGUCAGGCGCAUCAAUCUGGAGAACUAACCCCCGAAAUCUUGAGUUCAGGCCUAGGCGGGGCCGUAGAUGGGACUCUACGACAAUAUGGGGUUUUCAAUGAGGAGGGCUUGUCUUAUAUGCUCAAGAACCUUAGUUACCUGGAAGCCGGAACACUUUCUUGCGCCGCUCUCACGGCGUGGAAUGCCCCUUAUGGAGUCAGGCCGUUCGCCAAAGCAGCAGGUGUUAGGGCCAUCGCGACAACCUCUUCUCCCGCCAAGGGUGAGAUGUUGAAAAAGCUUGGAGCAGACCAUGUCAUCAAUUACAAGGAGAACCCGAACUGGGGCAGCGAGGCUAAGGCUAUCAGCGGAGGCGUCAAGCAUGUCAUCGAAGUCGGAGGCAUGAGCACUAUGAAGGAGAGCCUCAACGCCGUCGGCCUUGAUGGCGUCGUCACUAUCAUCGGCUGGAUUCGGACAAUUGAGGCUUGUGACAUCAAGCCCGUUAUCGAUCAGAAGGUCUUGAAGCUUGAGGAGCUGAAAGAGUACUGGCCACAGGUGCACACGACGUCAACGGGUCUAACCCAGAACAGUCUCCACGCGCAGGGUUCCAACAUCAGUAGUAGUAUCGACAAGAUUAGCAAUAUAUAA